GUCGCAGGAAGUAAAGCGACGACGGCAGAACCGCACUUGGCGGUCAAACAGAAGAUUAUCCCCUCCUAUUUGGCUGCAUCAGAUCAACACGGCACUUGGAUCAGUAAUAUUAGCUACAUUUGAACUGCCACGAUGAAAUAGUGUGAAAAUGUCUGCAAGGACUUCACCAAAGAACCGUAGUCGUCGACGACUGGAAGAUCUUUGGCUGCAGCCUUAUGUUGUGUUACGCAGAUUUGACAUCAGUGAAGCUAUUUGUCCUAAGCAGCAAGUGCCAGAGCGCACUCGCGUUAAAAAGGAAGAUGUAGGCAAAGAGGUCCACCAAUUUGAUGAACAAAGGAAGCAUAUGAAGCCGGAGCAGCCUUGUAUUAAAGAGGAGGGAGAAGACUCCUGCAAAAUUAAAGAGGACGAGGAGGAGUAUACAUGCAUGACUGGUGUUCCAGUGAAGAGUUUAGAUGAGGGUCAACAUGAGGUGAGCAAAUGGGCGGAGCCUCCAAGCUGCAGCCCAAGUCAACAAAUGACCAGCAAAGGUGAUGGAGACCACUGUGGAGGAUCACAAGCAGCUCCACCAUCAGAUAGUGAUGACGUGUCAUCACAUGCUUCUGCUGAUGAGGAGGAGUCUCAAAACAAACACAGGCAACACAUGAGAAGAAAGAAAACGUUUUCUAGCUCAGCUUGUGGCCAGAAAUUCCAUGAGAAGGGAAACUUAAAAGUGCACACAAGAAUCCACACUGGCAAGAAACCUUUAUCAUGCUCAGUUUGUGGCAAAAUAUUCCGUGAGAAGAAAUACUUAAAAAUGCACACAAGAAUCCACACUGGCAAGAAACCUUUUUCAUGCUCAGUUUGUGGCAAAAUAUUCCGUGAGAAGAAAUACUUAAAAGUGCACACAAGAAUCCACACUGGCGAGAAACCGUUUUCAUGCUCAGUUUGUGGCCAAAAAUUCAGUCACAAGCAAAAAUUCGACCGGCACACAAGAAUCCACACUGGCGAGAAACCUUUUCCAUGCUCAGUUUGUGGCCAAAAAUUCAGGCAGAAAGAAAACUUAGACUUGCACACAAGAAUCCACACUGGCGAGAAACCGUUUUCAUGCUCAGUUUGUGGCCAAAAAUUCAGGCGCAAGCAAACAUCAGACUUGCACACAAGAAUCCAUACUGGUGAGAAACCAUUUUCAUGCUCAGUUUGUGGCCAAAAAUUCAGGCAGAAGGGACAUUUAAACAGGCACACAAGAAUCCACACUGGCGAGAAACCGUUUUCAUGCUCAGUUUGUGGCCAAAAAUUCCGUAAUGAGGGAAACUUAAAAGUGCACAUAAGAAGCCACACUGGCGAGAAACCUUUUUCAUGCUCAGUUUGUGGCAAAACAUUCCGUGAGAAGAAAUGCUUAAAAGUGCACACAAGAAUCCACACUGGCGAGAAACCUUUUCCAUGCUCAGUUUGUGGCCAAAAAUUCAGGCAGAAAGAAAACUUAGACUUGCACACAAGAAUCCACACUGGCGAGAAACCGUUUUCAUGCUCAGUUUGUGGCCAAAAAUUCAGUCACAAGCAAACCUUAGACGUGCACACAAGAAUCCACACUGGCGAGAAACCUUUUUCAUGCUCAGUUUGUGGUAGAAAAUUCUCUCAGAAUGCAAUUUUAAACAGGCACACAAGAAUUCAUACUGGUGAGAAACCAUUUUCAUGCUCAGUUUGUGGCCAAAAAUUCCGUUAUAAGGGAAACUUAAAAGUGCACAUAAGAAUCCACACUGACGAGAAACCUUUUCCAUGCUCAGUUUGUGGCCAAAAAUUCCGUAAUAAGGGAAACUUAAAAGUGCACAUAAGAAUCCACACUGGCGAGAAACCUUUUUCAUGCUCAGUUUGUGGCCAAAAAUUCAAUCAGAAGCGCACCUUAGACUUGCACACAAGAAUCCACACUGGCGAGAAACCUUUUUCAUGCUCAGUUUGUGGCAAAAUAUUCCGUGAGAAGAAAUGCUUAAAAGUGCACACAAGAGGCCACACUCGCGAGAAACAGUUUUCAUGCUCAGUUUGUGGCCAAAAUUUCAGUCACAAGCAAACCUUAGACUUGCACACAAGAAUCCACACUGGCGAGAAACCUUUUCCAUGCUCAGUUUGUGGCCAAAAAUUCUCUCAGAAGGGAAAUUUAAACUUGCACACAAGAAUCCACACUGGCGAGAAACCGUUUUCAUGCUCAGUUUGUGGCCAAACAUUCCGUAAUAAGGCAAAAUUAAAAGUGCACAUAAGAAUCCACACUGGCGAGAAACCUUUUUCAUGCUCAGUUUGUGGCCAAAAAUUCAGGCAGAAGGCAAAUUUAAACAGGCACACAAGAAUCCACACUGACGAGAAACCGUUUUCAUGCUCAGUUUGUGGCCAAAAAUUCAAUCAGAAGCGCACCUUAGACUUGCACAUAAGAAUCCAUACUGGCGAGAAACCUUUUUCAUGCUCAGUUUGUGGCCAAAAAUUCUCUCAGAAGGGACAUUUAAACAGGCACACAAGAAUCCACACUGACGAGAAACCGUUUUCAUGCUCAGUUUGUGGCCAAAAAUUCCGUGAUAAGGGAACCUUAAAAGUGCACAUAAGAAUCCACACUGGCGAGAAACCUUUUCCAUGCUCAGUUUGUGGCCGAAAAUUCUCUCAGAAGGGACAUUUAAACUUGCACACAAGAAUCCACACUGGCGAGGAACCUUUUUCAUGCUCAGUUUGUGGCCAAAAAUUCUCUCAGAAGGCACAUUUAAACAGGCACACAAGAAUCCACACUGGCGAGAAACUGUUUCAUGCUCAGUUUGUGGCCAAAAAUCCUCUCAGAAGGCACAUUUAAACACGCACACAAGAAUCCACACUGACGAGAAACCGUUUUCAUGCUCAGUUUGUGGCCAGAAAUUCAGGCUCAAGCAAACAUCAGACUUGCACACAAGAAUCCAUACUGGUGAGAAACCAUUUUCAUGCUCAGUU